GAGAGAUGUCUCGUUUUCACUUUCUCCUUUUCGCUUUAAAGCUUGUCGGGUGAUUCUACAUGAAGCAGAUUAAUGGGGGGAAAUAAAAAAACUAUGCACCACCGACCACCGUGCAUUCCCAGCGCUGCUUCUUGUUAGCGCGGACGCAAGGUAUUUCCCGGUUGAUUAUCGGAUAGUGUCAGUAGUAGCCUGUGACCGGAGCUGCUGCUGCUGGUGUCUCGACUACAAGCCUGCUCCUGGUGUGGAUAUGACUUCCUGGCUACGUAAAUACGACAAUCCUGUGCUGCUCUUCCUGCUUUUGGCCGCUAACAUCACCAGCGGGAGCUCUCGUUCCGGUGAGAGUGUGUGUUCGUCUCCUCCUGUCUCAUCAUGUUCAGAGUGCCUCCGACGCGGACCACGGUGUGCUUGGUGCUUUCAGGAGGGUUUCCUGGAUGGAGCUGAGGUGGGAGAGCGCUGUGACCUGGCAGUGACCCUGACCAGGAGAGGGUGUGGCCUAGAAUUCAUAGAGAAUCCAGAGGUCAUGGUGGAGGUCAACCCUACGACCAGCAGAACCCAGGUUUCACCUGGAGAGAUCACACUCACACUCCGACCAGGUGCUGAGGCCAGUGUGGUAGUAGCAGUCCAGCAGUUAGAGAGGUAUCCUGUUGAUCUGUACUACCUGGUGGACGUAUCAGCAUCCAUGCAGGACAACCUGGACCUGGUGAGUGACUYCUGA